AUGAGAAAUAAGAGUGUUGACGAGUGGCUAAAGGAUAUCGUCACGCCGGUUAUUGACUACCGUCAGCUGGAUGGUCUGCUACACUCUGAUCAGAUGAACAACAACAAGCAAGGUGCCCACGCUCUAGAGGCCGGGGGUGACGAUCCCGAUGCGACACCGCGACCACCAGCAGCUAAAAGUCGAUCAACCAUGUCUCAAUUGUUCACAGCAGAUUCUGGCGACUGCUUUUCAGUCGAACUUGAAACAUCCGCCACUGCGUCCUCAUUUCUUCUUCCUGCCUCCGAAGCCCGCGCCACUCGAUUCCCGGCGCGCCCACUCAUCCGAAGAACACCGUCGCCAACGAAACGGUCGCAAAGGUCAAGACACGCUUCUUCCCCAACAAAAAGAGUCAAGACUGCGACAAGUCUCUUGGGCUUGGAACGCCCAGUGGACGUAAAAAAAGCAAGCGCAAACCAGCUCCCUGCGGAUAUAAGACAGCUGUAUGAAGAUCUAUUUGCGGUAUCAAACAAAGAGGGCAUUUUACCGCGAGCAUUGAAGGAUUCCCGUUACUUCGAUGAAGAGACGCGGCCCUUCAUGUGGGAAUCGGACGAAGUCCCUUCAUGUCUGGGGUCCGAGAAUGCUGAGAAACUACACAAGAAUAUAAAGAAACUUGUUGCCAAGGCUAUCGAGUCCGCCAACAUACGCCGCUCAGAGGCCGCCUUCAACACCAUGGUUCACUUCCCAUUUCUCGAACUUUUACUCGAAGACAUUCCUUCUGUAGGCGUCGAGGUGACUUCGUCGGCUCAAAUUGCCAAGGCGUUCCGCCCGCCGUGGAAAGAGACAGCUUUCGACGAUGAAACCUCAUCUACAAUUUCCAGCGUUUCCAGUACCGGGACUGGAUGUGUGGCGCAGAGCUUCGUUCACAUCAUGGUCGAUUACGCCCUGGUCCUCCACCCCGACAACGAACUAUCAGCCCUCAUCGAUAAAUUCCUGGAUUCUCAACUACCUGAGUGUGCGACUAUAAAUCAGACGAUGUAUGAGCCGCUACGUCGACUGCCCGCUCCAAUCUCAAUAGAAACGAAGACCGCUACCGGAAAUAGUGCGGCUGCCAAUAGGCAGUUGGGCGUUUGGGUUGCAGGUUACCAUCAGCGGUUGCGGAGUAUCUUUGACCAGCGUUCUGGCGGAGCCGAUAUGGAACCUAUUAUAACUUUACCCGUCUCACAGUGGUAUAAUGGAUUAUUUAUGGUUUUAUUCGCGGCGGACAUUAGAUCCAGCAUUGAUAUACUCGACGUCGACCUCAAACUCGGAGGAUGCAAUUCAAUUCUUGGUGCUUACCAAUUACGCAAGGCAUUAAUCUGCCUUGCAAGUUACAUGAAUGUCCAGUUCAAGUCUUGGCUAUUUUCUCUGUUGAAAGCAUACGCAGAAUGA